AUGUUUAUAUUGGACAGGAUGUUAUAUUUUAAAUAUGUGCGGUAACUUAUGGGUACCUAUGGAUUAAAAAAUAUUUUUUUUUAUUUUUUUUGUAUGUGGUCCUUUUUGUGCAUUGUCAGCAGUGUUUGUGAUGGAUUCUUGGGUGUCUAUGCCAAGCGUUUUGUUUAUUUAUUCUGCCUUUCGUACGCAUACCUGUAGUGAUCAUACCUGUAGUGAUCAUAGAUGCAGUGAUCACAACUGUUGUGAUCAUAGCUGCAGUGAUCAUAGCUGCUGUGAUCAUAGCUGUUGUGAUCACAGCUGCAGUGAUCACAGCUGCAGUGAUCAUAGCUGUCAACCCACACGAUUUACCCGUAUUCUUGUACAGGGAAAUUUUGUUUGCAAGUCCAUACGGCGUGCAGCCGUUUCAAUACGAGCAAAAAAAUAUAAAUCAUACGGCCAAAUAAGAAAAGUAUUUUAACCUCUCAUAAUUUUCCGUGUUUAUUGUUGUACAUUUACAACAUGAGUGUGUGCAUCCACAUAGCAAGCAAACAAACAGCAGCAUCAGCAUGCAAGAUCACAAGACAAUAGCAUGACGGGUAGCAUCAUUGACACCGAUUAUCAAAGUUCAUACAUAAAAGUUGUUUUGUUUAGCAACGUAAUUUUUGUCUGUGUUUCUCCCUUAUGAUGGGAACUUUGUUAGCGUGAACGUUGAGAUGUAUAAGGGCACGGGGUGACCAAUGAGGUCUGAAUUGCUCUGCAGGCACUGACAAGGAGUUGUGGAUGCCGAGCGACAAACUGUGGCAUUGCGUGGUUAUAAGUUGUACCGUCUGGUCCGGAUGACCAGAGUCGGACACUACUGGAGAGGUUUCAAUGUUGCCAUUUGUGCAUCUACUGCCGUGGUUUGUUGCAGUGGAUGCGGUUUAGGGUGGAUCGUGGUGAGGCUGUGAGUCGUCUUCUUUCGUGUGAUGUCGAUGCAAGCCGACAACUGCAAUGUCUUAAGCCAAGGCAACCGCGUCAGAAGUUGUAUCAUCAUCGUCAUCAUCAUCGUCGCCGUGAUGUCUCCUCCGUAGUUGCAUGAGUGGGGAUCUGGGAAGAGUCUUUGUCACCGUUGGCACCACGUCCUUCGAUGAGCUGAUUGAGACCGUCUCUUCUGAUAGAGCCACGCACGUGCUGAGGUCGCUGGGCUACUCGGAGUUGGUGCUGCAGGUGGGGCGGGGAGCGCUCCUGCCGGAGCCCGUAACGCACUCGGGGUUCCGCUUGACCGCGUUCCGCUACAAGGAUUCCCUGGCCGAGGAUAUGCAGGCCGCGUCGCUCAUCAUCAGCCACGCUGGUGCAGGAAGCUGCCUGGAGGCCCUGGGGUUUUCAAAGCCUCUGGUGGUCGUCAUCAACGAGAAGCUCAUGGACAAUCACCAGCUGGAGUUGGCCAUGCAGCUGCAGGAGGACGGUCACCUCUUCUCCUGCACGUGCAGCACCCUUGUGGAGACUCUCCGCGAGAUGGAUCUCAAGACGCUGAAACCGUUCCCUCCAGGCCAGCCCGAGAAGUUUGCGCAGUUCCUGGAUGAAGUGAUGGGCUCCACAUGACAGGCAAAGAAACGAUUCGGUGGAUCCGCAGCGCCAAACGCUCGCCAUCCCCGUCAUCACCCCCUGACGUGUCCUUGUCAUAAACACUGCGCGUUCGUGAAGCAACAACCGUGGGGGAAAAAAGAAAAAAAACACUGGCGGGAAUUCUCAUCGCCGUUGCCUUGCGCAUCCACGCUCGGUGGCGGUCGCGAAGGUUUCACCAUUGUCAAAUUGGUCGGCUUUUGGUAAACAGGGGUUGUGGCGGGUGCGAUCCAUUUGUAGAAAACCCCAUGAAAGUAAAAGGGAGAAAUUUACAGAAAAGCGUUUUUAUUUGAAAGCCUAAACACACCUGCCGCCAAUCUCAACAUUACCGAUGAAAAUGUUACUCUCCACUCGAAGAUACGGAGCCAACCCUUGCAGCAAGUCAUUAGAAAUCAGUGGGGUACAUGUAAAUGGGUCGCCGCUGCCUCGUACGUUAAUGGGACCGUCGUUUUACGAUUAAUGUGCCGCUGUCUGGCAGGCAGGUGUGAACAUACGACACAUCCGAGUUUGACGUAAACGGGAGAUUCGUUGCAUCUUACCUGUUAUAUUGAUCCCAAUGGCUACAAAUAAAAACAGAAAACACCUGUUUAA